GUCCGCCAUGUUUGAUACGUUUUUUCCUGGUUUUCUACGUUUUCUCCGGUAUCUCUAUUCAAUCCCAUUCCUGCAGAAAAGAACGUACAUAUUCUCACCAACAUCUUUAACGAGUGCACAAUGUCAUCGUUAUACGCCUUUGUGGCAUAACUUAUGAUAAAUGUCUGAUAAAUGAAAAAAGCAUCGAUGGAUAUACACGAAGAAAGACACAUUGAAGACGAACUAGAAAGGCUCAGAGCUGAAGUCGACGGGCCACCAAACCUGGAUACCUUAACCUUGAACAUUCAGAGGUUAACUGCGUCUAUUCAUGCUUCGUAUAUCUUUGAGAACGAAGGAAAGUCAGUCUUGCAGAUGUUAUGUCUUCUUUUAAGUUCAACGGCGAGUGGGAAAUUUUACGGAGGUUGGCAAGAAUUCGCCGCUGAGCUUGGACUCUCGACAGAACAAAUACGAUGCAUAGAAUAUGACUUCAAAGGCCUGGAAGAUCCUACGUACUAUGUUCUACUUACCUACGCACAAUCACCAGAUGGAACGUUGGACAAAGUAUUUCAUGCGUUACAAAAAAUUAAGCGCUUGGAUGUUAUUAACAGAAUUAAGAAUUAUGUCGAUUAUUUUAUCAAGGCUCUUACUAGUACCGAAGCGGACAAAGACAGUUUUCUUAAAUCCAAAAACAUUCCACGAGCACCAUUAGUACUCAGACCGAUAAUAUUGAUGAACGAAAAUUCAAGAAAACAUGAAGAUGGAAACUUUAAUGUAUCGCAAGAUUCUGAAAUAACAGAGAUAAGGAAGAAAUCUUCCGAGUCUGCGCAAACAUAUGGCAGUGUGGCGAUGCUAACUUUUGUCGAAGAUGGAGCUGAUACUGCUUAUCAUAUAGCGAAAGUAUUCAGAUCUAGGGAACCAAAAAUUGGAGUCGUUAUUUUACAGGAACAAGAGAGAUAUGUUUACAGUAGAGCCGAAGAAUUCAUAGAUGAUUGUUUUAUGCAGGUUAAUUAUAUAGUACCGAUAUUAACAAAGGGAUAUUUAGAAACUAUUGAUGGACAUGUUAACGCACAGAAACAAAUAAGUACUUUGGAUGCAAAGUAUUCAAAAUAUGUUUAUUCCUUGUUAAGGCAUGAAUAUGUAAAAAAUCACUGCUGUAACUUUAGAACAAGAUGUAUUGUACCGGACAAGCAAUUGUGUAAUAUACACGCUACACCUUUACAUCCUACCCUUCAAGCAUGGUUCAAGGAAAGUGACGUCGAAUCGUUUGCUGAUAACAUACUUUUAAGAAAAUUCUAAUCAUCUUUUUUAUACUGUGAUUUUAAGAGAUAAGUCGAUAUUGCUAAGUAUUCUAAUUUGUUUCGGCAAGUCUGAAACAUCCGAGCCAGGAUUUAAGGGGAUAUAAAAGGCGCUGAGAAAUUUAAUCGAUGUCGAUAAAAUAUAAUUCAUCUAUAGCCUUUUUGAUGAGAACGUCAUUUUGAAUACUCAAAUGGUAACAUAAGCUGGCUCAUCCUGUUAUCGACAUUUAUAUUUAUGUUGGUCUUUUACAGUCUAUGUUGAGAAUGAUAUCACGAAUUUCACACAUUCCAUAAGAUUGUGGUACUGUAACCUCACUUUUUCAAAUUGGUCAAAGUGUACAACGAUUGUGAAUAAACAUUUUAGUAAAGAAAAAA